UAACCAUCCGCGCCAGACAAAUGUGAACAGGCUUCUGCCUACGCCAUGUGCUUCCGGAAAUAACAAACAGACUUCCGGCCGCCUAGAAAAUAUUUCUCCUUGUACGGGCAAAAACUGACCAUUCCUGCUCCUAAACUCCACUUUUGCGGACUCUAAACAAGAAAAGGAUGUCCCUGGCAGCCAACGUGAACCCCACCCCGGGGCAGGCAGCAGCUCUGACCCUGGUGGACCUGGGGAAGAGACUGCUGGAUGCUGCCAGGAAGGGCCAUGAUGAAGAAGUCAGGAUGCUCAUGUCUAACGGGGCACCUUUCACUACGGACUGGCUGGGAACCUCCCCGCUCCACUUUGCAGCCCAACACGGGCACACGUCCACUGCAGAGGUCUUACUGAGGGCAGGGGUCAGUCGGGAUGCAAGGACAAAGGUGGACAGGACACCCCUUCACAUGGCAGCACAGGAGGGACAUCUGGACAUUGUGGAGAUGCUCCUCAAGAAUGGAGCUGAUGUCAAUGCCAAAGACAUGCUGAGGAUGACCCCCCUCCACUGGGCAGUUGAGGCUGGCCAUAAGGAUAUAGCCAAGUGCCUGAUGAGGAAUGGAGCUGAACUCUAUGUAGAGAGUAAGUUUGAAAAGACUGCGUUUGACAUAACAUUGGACAAAGGUGAUGAUGAAAUGCUCAACCUACUUAGGCAAGGCAAUGUGAAUGGCAGCAGCACAGAGAGGCUGUCUACCUCAGCGACCCCCACCACCAUCUACCUGACCCAGACCAGCGGUGCGGCAACACCUGUGUUCCUGCCAGCAGGUGGGAAUAUAGCUACUCUUGUCACAUCAACACCUUCCAACAAGACCAACACUGGGGCCAGAACGACAUCUACAGAGACGGGAUCCACGUCAGUACUGGCAACGUUGGCAGCACUAGCCGAGGCUUCUGCACCCCUCACUACACCUACGACUGUGCAAGGUAGUGCGCAAGAAGUUUUGUCGUGGCUGGAGUCCCAGGGGAUCCAGACCACCACAACAGGUGCCUCCUCCCCCCACACCAUCACCAUAGAGAGUGGACAGACUCUCACACUGACAGAGGCAGGCAAACUCGCACUCAAGCUCACCAAUCAGACAACAGGGCAAGUGGAGGAAGCUACCUCGGAGGCAGAAAGCCAGAGCCAAUCAGGGAUUGGUCAGAUGGUCGGAUCACCGUCGGGUCAGAGGGUCAUCACCAUAGUAGCAGACCAGGGUCAGAUCCCGGCGCUGCAGACCACGGUCGUGCCUACUGCCGCCACCAACACACCCAUAAUGGUUGCCAUGGCAACAGGGGACCAUCAAGGUCCUGCAGUAGUGACUGUAGCAGCCCAGGAGAGAACCUCGGCUGGAAAUGUGACCACUGACAACGACCCUCCCAGUAAGAGAAUGAGGGGAGACAGUGAUGCAGACAAUGCACAGCUCAACUGGCUCAAGGAAAAGCAUAACCAGGAAAGUGUAGAGAGGGAGAUGCUACAGAAACAGCUGGAGGCUGCACAGAAGGAGGCUGAGCGGUACAAGGAACAGCUGGCCAGGAAAGAACAAGAGGCGGAGAAGUACAAACAGAAACUCGCCGAGAUCAGCAAAACAAAGACUAAGGAUAGUUAAACUCAUUCGUGUACUACAUGUAUGUUUCUCUUGUUUUGAUUGUGAUUUUUGUUCACAAAUCAGAUGCCUUAUACAUGUCAACACAUUAGAUCCGAAACAUUCUUCUGUGCAGAGCUGAGUCCAUAUUAUAGAAAUCCUUAGAAUUCACCUCUGCUUUUCUAGGCAAGGUUUUUCAUACUUCUGUGGCCACAUACCAGUGGUCAGCCAAUCAGAAAAAUGCUUAUUUUAUGUUGUCCAAUGGGAAGGCUUGUGCUAAAUAAGGCAAGCUCAUUGAUAUUCAUAACCAAGACAGUCUGUGAACACAAGAUACUGUUGGCCUAAAAGGCGAUUUACUAGUACUUUCAGCAUCCAAAAACAUUUAUCGAGUACCAAAUUUGAGACCUGUCAGAUCUACGGGAAGACAGCAAUCACUGCAUCAUAGAUUUACAACUGAAAAGAGAGUCUUGACCUAGUUCUCGCAACUCUCGCGAGA